UUCUGAUCCACUAAACAGUCGAGUUUACCCGUUGCUAGGCAACACCGCUCGGCACUGUGCGCACGUAUUAGUGCUCAGCCUAUUCUUUGCCUUCCCUUUUACUCAAUGAGAAGAUUAUACCGAAAACAUGCUGUUUGAAUCGGAAAACACCAAAACUUCCAUCUAUGACCAAAUAGCGGAUUUGCAGCGCAAACUUCAACUUUUAGAGAGCGACAGGAGCGCCUACUAUGAAAGCUCUCAGUCGGCCUUGGAGAAGAAUCGUCAGAACAUCUUGCAGCUACGAGAGGAGAACAGGGACCUGAAGAAGAGGGUGUCGGAAGCCGAAGCCGAUGAACAACAAUUUGUUCAGUCGGCCUUACACGGCCGAGGCGUGGAAAAGGACACCGGACCACCAAUGUCUGGGAAGGCAGCCCUAUCCAAACUUGAACACCGGGUGGCAUCCAAAAUGAAGCGUCUCAACGCCCUGAGGCACACGACUCUAACUCACCAGCGUCGCCUCGAUGACCUCAAGAGGGAGUGCCUCAGAUUGGAAGCGGUGGGCUUCAACCAAGCACUCUCAGAAAAGGAGGAUAUUACAAUGAAAUUGAGGUCACUGCAGAACUGUCUGGAGAAGAACCAGCUCAAGUGCAAGGAAGCCGCAAACAUCAUGACUAACUACCUAAAACUCAAACGUCACUUGCAGGAGGAGAGCCUGACUUUCCAGGGUCAGAUAGACGGUCUAGAAGCAGAAAUCAUGAAGUACAGGAGGGAAUUGCAGGAAGUACAGGAUAUGAACAACAAAGCCCAGCUCUCAAAAGAAACAGCAAUUGCCGAGUUACAGCAGCAGGAGGAGCUGUUCUACAAGGAGCACCAAGAAAAAGAUUAUCUUUUAGCCAUCUACCGGAAAAGGGUUCAGGAGAUCAAGGCCAGGGCUGAAAAAUUAGAUGCUCAGAGGAAAAACGUACAACAGGAUGAGCUGAACAGUGAAGCAGAGUCCGGCGCUGCCAGGAUGGCUGCUGAAAUGGAACAGAGCAUUAGCAUGUUUGAUGAGACUCUCCAAAGUAUGAAGGAUGCCACUGGUUACACAGAUACGCAGGAGGUCGUGGAUCGUUACAUUGCCCAGAGGGAGACUCAUCAACAUAUGCAAGCGGUGAAAGCAGAGAACGAGUAUGUUCUCCAGCAGCUAAAGGAGCAAAAGGUGCACCUGAAAAAGCAGUUUGAGGCCAUGAAGUAUUCGGGAGAAACACAGCUGUCUAGUGAGCAGAGGUUGCUGGACGAGUGUGAGCAAGAGCUGCUGGAUAAGCAGCAGAGUUGUGAAACAGCUAAGGAACGUCUGUCUUCUCUUGUCAAAACCCUCAGCAGUAUCCAAGCUGGAGUGGAGCACCUCGCAGACCAACUUGAUCACAUCUCUCUGAAUGAACCACCGCCAGAUAUUUCUCCAAACUCAGAAGAGUUUGUGGUGCAGCUGCUGGCCCAGUGUGAGCGGAAAGUGCAGUUACUGCAGAGCAAGCUUCACGGAAUGGAUCUCGAUGAGAUUGCCAAGGACAUGGAGGAAGAGGAGUUCUAUUUUAUGAUUGAGAAGCAACUGCCUGCUUACAACAAGCGAGUCACCGUGUCUGAGGACCAAGAGAUGGGCCUCCUAACCAACGAAGAGGAAAAUGAAGAGGAAGAAGGCAUCCUCUCACGAGAGGCACUAAAGCGCCGCUCUCAAGCUAUGAUUGAUUCAAUGUCCAACAAGAAAUCCUGGAAGGUCAAGAAGGGCAAGUAAAUGAGAUGCUCUAAGGCAGGCAGGGAGAUGUUUGAUUUAGGGUUAGGUAGGUAGACGGGUCAUUAGGUCAAUACAAAAAAAAAACUACUUUAUACUAUAGCUGGAAAAAAAUAAAAUGAAAGAUGCAUAUAACCGCAGUUCACUGGAUCCUGGAAGAGCACCACAGCGGCUGAUCACUCAUAAUUCUUGCGGAUGAGUAAGAAGAAUGAAUGGACUGAAAUUUAAAAAAGGACAUUGAACUUGAGAGUGAUGACCUCCAGGACUAUCAUUUGAAGCCUGAUGUCAUUUUGGUCUACUAUAUUUGCAGUUAUAGGAAAGUAUUUAGUUUUCAUUUUCAAAGAGUCCUUUGGGUUAUACAUGGCAUGUGAUGCCCCAUCAUUUUUCUUUGCGAUCCCAUAGUUAUCAGGAGGUCAAAGGUGACCAUGUUGGUAUGGUAAGAGUUGACCUGGACAUGCACAAGACAAGAGAACAUCAAGUGCUUAUGAUGGCGGUGAUUAUACGGAACUUGUUAGAAGUUUGUUUGAAGGUUGCUAGGUGGAGUGACUGUUCUUCCACUACAUUUUGAACAAUGGUUUAAUGAAUGGCUGAGGACAACCACAGUGAUGUUCUCUGUUGUAAUGUAGUGCAUGUAUCAAAACAGCUGUCUUGGAGUCAACCAGACAGACCAGUUUUGACAGUAAACGAAACCACUUUGACCCCCUUGACUGAGUCACUUUGUACAGUAGCCUGAUUUCUUUUUUACAUUUUUAUGUUAGUGCGUGUCCUCAAAUCAUUGUUGCUAAUAAAAGAAAGAAAAAUUCUA